AUAUAGUAGGAACGCUAGAACGGAAGAUCAACAGAGCAAGAGAAAAGAAAAAAGGAAACUACAAAAUCCUUCGCUGACACCAAUCCUCAGAAACGAACAGCAGUGUGAUUGUCAAUCUCAGAGCAGAGAGAGAGAGGGCAGUUCGGGGAGGGAGGAGCGAUCGACAAAGUCCCUCGCUGCCAACCUUCAGAGCUUGUCUUCUGUUGCUGUUCGAGGAAGACCUCCUCAGAAAAGAACACCGAAUCAGCCAAUCAGUUCCAUGGACAAACGGCCCAAACUCUUUUCAAGAAACACUAGGGUUGAAAACGUGCAUGAUAGAGCAAUGAUGGUGGAAGUGAGACAGACAACUCCCGAUGUUCUAGUGAUGACUGUCAAAAUUCCACCUGGUGAGCACAAACAUAUUUGCCAUGAAGAUAUUCCAGGUCCCGCUGGAGGCCGCCCCGGAUAUGUAAUUGUUUACGUUGAAGGUGCCAGGGAAAUGGGUAGGAAACAUAUUCUGCCUGCUGAUAUUAGGGCAAAUGAGAAACUGGAGUUGAACUACUCGAGUGAGAGGGGUUUGAUCACCAUCACCCCUAUUAGGGGAAAUUUCAUCCCGAGGCUCGGGUUUAUUAUCCGAUUGAGACGAGUAGCUCAGUAGAUUAAGUCACCGGGAAAAUAGAUUGGGGACGCCAGAAUCUUUAAUCAUCACUUCUCCCAUGGUUUUCCAUAGAUUCUCCAUGCUACAUGAUUUUAUAUAUUUGCUUUGCGUUUCCUAAUUGUCUUGCUAUAAGCUAAAACAAUGUUCUAAAUUCAGAUUGGAUUUGGUUUAUAGGGAUUGGAUUUGGAUUUGGAUUGGAUUUGAUUUCCUAAUUCAGAUCACAGUGUUGCUCCUCUUUUAUGAUUCUGUUCUAGUCAUUUACAGCGCUUUUC